AUGUCGAUGGGGUGUUAUUACCAUCUGUCUCAACGCUCUACCAAUGAUAAAUCAGUGGAGAAAGAUAAGCUAGAUUAUUGGAUAGAGAGUUUCAGGCACUAUAUGUUGUGUGUUUUCUAUGGUCUUCCUCUUGUUCAUAAGGAUGGUAUCCUCCUUUCAACGGUUUCUGUCUUCAUUUUGCUAACCAAAGCUAUCUACUUAACCACUCUCUUCAUCUCCUGUCGCGACAAGCGUUACAUUGUGUUAAAACUGGUGGGUGUGAUCACUUUCAUGGUAGCCAUUGUUCUUCUUACGCUUUUCGCAAUUCAAAGCUCAUCUGCUAAACAAACAUUCGUUGGUGUUAUUUGCGUUGUCUCCUACUUUAUAUGUAGUGUUAGAGUUCCACUUUCUUCCAUCAAAACAGUAGUGGAGACAAAGUCUGUGGAGCACAUACCAUUACGCUUGUAUUCCCUUAAUUUCAUCGGUGCUGUGAUUUGGACUGCUUACUCGUUGACCUACAUUUUCGAUCUCUACGCCCUUAUAGCCAGUGGUCUUGGAACAUUGUUGUGUGGUUCUCAGCUAAUAGCUUAUGCUAUCUACAACAGAUCUACUCCAAAGGUGAAGACGGAGUAG